UAAGAAGAGGAAAGGGUCAGCUCACUAGAGCUGUAUUAGCAGCAGCAGCAGCCGGAGUGUCUUGUGUCUGCUGCAGGCAAUGGAACUCUUUUCCAAGUCCAAAGCAUUUCCCCUGCAGCCCAGUGGAGAGGAGGCACACAGGCAUGCCUACAUCUGCAUACUCUCAGUCAUUCUGCUGCAGUAAGGCUAGAGCCAUGAGGACAUGACAGGAGCCUGCAGAUGCUUUGAAGUACAUACAGUCAUUGAUUCUCACUAGCUGCUUUCCUGAUCACUAUAAUAUUUCUGAUCUAGGGUUUUACUCUACUGUUUAAUUGCUUUAGCUUUCCCCAAGAGAAGAACUGAAGUCAUCCCAGCCUUCCCUGAAUAGAAUGGCUGUGGGAAAGAAAGACUUUCUUAGGAGGAUCUUUCCUUUCCUGUUUUAUUUUUUGCAAGGUGCAGAAGUCACUGAAGAAUUGGCUUGUCUCUGCUGAGAACAAUCAUCCCUUGCUCUAGUAUAACUGGUAACAGGGGACCCGGUAAGAAGUAGCAUCAGUUGUUUAAAAAUAGAAGUGGUGGAUAAAAAGUGCAAGGUGAGAAAACAUGUCCAAGGCUGUUGGGGAAAGUUGUACAGAAGACCUGGCCAAGGUGUCUGACGAGGAGCUGAUGAGGUGCACUAAGGAGGAGCUGAUCGUCCGGCUCCGCAGGGCAGAGGCUGACAAGAUGAGUGCUAUGCGGGACCACAGCAACCUGAUCCGGGAGGUGAACAGAAGACUGCAGCUGCAUCUGGGGGAGAUCAGAGGGCUGAAGGAUGUAAAUCAGAAGCUGCAAGAAGACAACCAAGAACUAAGAGACCUAUGUUGUUUCUUGGACGAUGAUAGGCAAAAGGGAAAACGGAUUUCCAGAGAAUGGCAACGCUUGGGAAGAUUUACUUCAGGGAUCAUGCAAAAAGAGGUUACUUUAUAUUUACAGAAACUGAAGGAACUUGAAGUAAGGCAAGAAGAAGUGGUAAAAGAAAAUUUAGAACUGAAAGAACUUUGUUUUUUAUUAGAUGAGGAGAAAAUUGGUGGAGCGGGUAGUCGCUGUUCCAUCGACAGCCAAAUUAGCCUCUGUCAGUUGAAUACAACAACCAGUACUUUUCUAAGAGAUGUUGGUGAUGGAAGUAGCACAUCCAGUGCAGGUAGCACGGAUAGUCCAGACCAUCAUAAGGCAAAUUCUACCAAUGGUCCAGAAAACCUUCAAAAAACCAGGGGUGAAGGAAGUCCUGAACACCAGAAACAUGGAAGUGGCAGCCCGGAAACUCUUCAAAAGCCCAGGAGUUCAGCAAGCCCUGACCAUCAGAAACAUCUGAAAAGUGCAAGUCCAGAACAUCAUAAAAGUGUGGGUAAAAGUAGUCCUGAGCCACAAAGGCAUACUUGUAGUAGCCCAGAAAAUCUACAAAAACAGAUAUUAAGUAGUAGCCCUGAACAUUUUAAAAAGCAUAGGCCUGGUGGUAGUCCAGAGUACCAAAAGCUGAGCAGUGGCACCCCAGAACAUCUUCAAAAACAUACAUUAAGUGGAAACUCAGAACAUCUCCAGAAAGCAAGGGGCACUAGCCCUGAGCAUCUCAGACAACAUUUUGGAGGUAGCCCAGAACAUCUCAAACUUUUGAGUGGGAGCAGCAGGGAAGGCACCUUAAGGAGACAAGUAGCAGAUGAAAUGUCAUCUCAUCACAGAAGUGUGUACAAUGGAAUGAAUGGCUGUGUGGAGGAAACUUGGAGAUGCUGCAGGUUCAUGUCCUGGAAUUAGACAUCUCACUGGCAAUCAAUAUAAAGGACCAAUGUAGUAAAAGAAAAUAUUUGAUGAGCCCUUCUGAAGAUAAAAUGACAAUAAAAUAUUCUCAAAGAAGAGUCAAUCACAAAUGCUAAGCCCCAGGCAGAGAGGCCUGUCUGAAUUUAUCACUGUAUAGAUUGAUUACAUUAAACUGGCACAACUUGUCUAAGAUUACCUUUAAAGCAGCAAUGAUGUCCUUUGGAAUAAAAGACACUUACUAUUUCUAUAGCACAUUAUACAAAAUAUCUUUUGAUGAUGGCACAGUUGAUUGAAACCAAAAGAUCAAUAAAUAUUAACUAGAAAAUAUGUUCCAGUCCAGCAACAGAUAUACAUGAUAAAAGACUAACCCUAGUGAAGUUGAAAAAGUUAUUGUAGCACUACAGAAAUGCUUAAAUAGUCUAUUAUUAACAUAGUUAUGGUAAGUUGACGUAACUAAAACUAUUAGAUUAAAGUAUUCAUUUGUUAUUUACACUGUAAAAAGUACAAUACUAUUAAUGUCAGGCAUCGGGAGUAUAUCUCCCAUAUCAGUAAAGAAAAUCUUAUACAGGUUGAGUAUCCCUUAUCCAAAAUGCUUGGGACCAGAGGUAUUUUGGAUAUGGGAUUUUUCCGUAUUUUGGAAUAAUUGCAUACCAUAAUGAGAUAUCAUGGUGAUGGGACCUAAAUCUAAGCACAGAAUGCAUUUAUGUUACAUAUACACCUUAUACACACAGCCUGAAGGUAAUUUUAGCCAAUAUUUUUUAUAACUUUGUGCAUUAAACAAAGUGUGUCUACAUUCACACAAUUCAUUUAUGUUUCAUAUACACCUUAUAUACACAGCCUGAAGGUCAUUUAAUACAAUAUUUGUAAUAACUUUGUGUAUUAAACAAAGUUUGUGUACAUUGAGCCAUCAGAAAACAAAGGUUUCACUAUCUCACUCUCACUCAAAAAAGUCCGUAUUUCGGAAUAUUCCGUAUUUCGGAAUAUUUGGAUAUGGGAUACUCAACCUGUACUUUACACACUACACCAUUAUAACAGCUUUUAAAAAUGUAUAAUAAAAAGGCUUCCUUUUUGUUCCUACCUGUAUAUUUAUUCUAAAAAUGGUGCUGCACAAUUAUAAUGUGGGCAUGCCAAAGUGCUCAAGCUUUUAUUGAUUUUUUUUUUUAAAUAAUGUAUUACCUGGUUCGUUGUGUUUUGAGGUGCUAAGAUUCUACUGUUUCCUUUCAGGGAGUAUAAUCUCAAACAGAAGAUAAUAUUGAUAUUAAUUUACGUCUAAUAAAUUGAAAAACAUUUUUAUAUAAUUUACAUACUUUAAGAUAAACAUUGGG